GCGGCUGAUGCGGCUAUGCAGUCUUGAGUCAACCAAAAGAAUUUCUACAUUUAUGAAGGGUUGACGAAUGGUCUGAAUGAAAAGAACAGCAGUAUCGAGAUAAACUCAUCCUUUACUCGGAAUAUCAUUAAUGCGUUGAACCAAGUUGCUGGUUUGCUGGAAGCGAUUGCCAUCCAAUGCGCUAUCAAACUUGUCGGAGGUUCAUUUUUUCUUGGGUGAUUUGUCCGCCAGAAGCAGCUUAAAGCACAUCAAUUGGUGAUGUUGACAUUGGAUCGAACGUACCACCACUUCCAGCCACUCGACGUAGCACCAAAGUUUAAGGAGAGAUCACACUCAAAAAUUUCGAAAAGUGAAUAUAUAUCGAAAAUAGAGAGUCCACAUUUUCUUUGCUUUCCACUCCUCUUCGUUCAACUUUUUUGACCUCCUCCUCUUCCUCUAUUCGUUUGGAACAUUAUGUCUUCUCCACGAGAGACUCUAUCCGACGAUGUCGAUAAGAAAGAAAGCACAUCGACGAGCGGAAUCUUAACAGAAGAAGAACGAAGGCUAGCAGAAGCUACAGACUUGGCCGAACCCGUCACCACCAAAAAGGAACUCUGGGGAUGGUAUACAUUUGCAUGGGCUAUGGAUGGUUAUACUGCAGCAACAUCAAGUGUAUUCCAGCCUUUGAUCAUUGCCGCCAUGGCAACAGCUGGAGGCAGAAGUACCAUUGACCACAUGUCAAAGUGCGAUUCCUCUACGGCAUGUGAAGUACUGUUUGGUACAGUGUGGGUCACACCCACAUCCUACUCACUUUACAGUUCCGCUAUCGCCGUUUUAGUACAGGCCUUCAUUACAAUCUCCUUGGGAGCCUUUGCCGAUCACUCGCGUAACAGCAAAGUCUACAUGUUCUUUUUCGUUUUCGUUGGAUGCAUUAGUGUCAUGUUGUGGUUGGCAUUGAUAGACAACACAUGGUACUAUGGUGCUAAUAUUCUAAAUAUCGUCGGAAAUGUCUGUUAUGGCGCUGCCUAUGUAUUCUACGUCAGUUACAUCCCCAAGCUUUCUAGAAACCAUCCAGAAGUUUUGGCUGCAACCACUGAGGAAGAGAAAGACGAGAAAAUGGUUUUCCGAACUUCCAGAAUCUCUAUCUUCGGUAAUGCCUUUGGUUUCUUCGGUGGAUUUAUUCAAAUGAUCCUGGGUGUCGGAGUCUUGCUUGGCAUGCAUCAGACCCUACUCAGCCUCAGAGUCGCUACCUUUGUUGGUGGUGUUUGGUGGGCUAUCUUCUCUAUUGUGCCAAUAUUCUGGCUUAAGCGACGACCUGGACCUCCUUUGCCCAAGGGAGAGUACUUCAUCAUCUACUCUUGGAAGCAAAUGUACAAAAAGUUCCGCUAUGCCUACAAGUUGGCCAAUCUCUUCAUCCUUUUGCUUUUCUGGUUCUUCGUCUCGGAUGCUGCCUCAACCAUUCUGAAAGUCGCUGUUCUCUUUGCUCAAAAUGAAGUUAAUGUUAGCAGCACCAUGAUCUUGAUCGGUGCUAUGGUUGAACUCCUGGCAGCUGUCCCUGGUAUGCUUUUAUGGCAUUGGAUUCAAGGUCGAUUCAAGCUUAAGCUUAAGACCAUCAUUUUCGCUGUGACCAUGUUGGCUGGUUUCGUUCCUCUCUAUGUUCUUGGUGGAUUAGCACCAACUCCUGGAGGCUUUAAGACGACUCCCGAGUUCAUCUUCCUCUGCGGUUACUACGGUUUGAUGCAACCAGCUCUGGUUGCUUUUAGCAGAGCUCUCUAUUCACAGCUCAUUCCAAAGGGCCAUGAAAACGAAAUGUUCUCACUCUUCUCCAUUACCACUGCUGGAGGCGGCUGGAUCGGUCCUCUUAUCACUGGUGCAAUUGGUGAUGCGACUGGACAAAUGCGUUAUUCCAUGAUCUUUGUUGCUGCAACUAUGUAUGUUCCCUUGAUCUUACUCUACUUCCUUGACGUCGAAAAGGGUCUUGCACAGGCAAGAUUGUUUACGGAACAGGAAAAGGCUGAAGAGGAAGCGAAGAAUACUAUGGAGUUAGAGACAAAGGCUUAGAUGAACUUGGCCUCAGUGAACAAGAGAGCGGCAUUUAAACUUGCCUACAGUAAUACCUCACUAUUCCCCUUCCCCGUAUGUAUUCUAGCAACGUAAUGAUUUGAGAUUAUUUUAUUUUUAAUGUCAAUAUACAUUUAUUAUGUAUAAAACCAUGUUAUUGACAAGGUUAUUAUAUCAAUUGUUGAGUUUGUCCUUCUGCCUGUAAUCGCAAAGCUUCUCUCAUUUCCAAAAGUAGGUGAUCAAUGAGAAUUUCCAAAGAAAGGGUUUGUGGCGGAGUGUCAAACAUGUCUUUAACGCCCUGAAUAUCUGUCCCAACGUCAGUAGCGAUCACAGUAUUCUAAAAAU